UCUGGGUGAAGCCCCAGGCAGCCUGGAAGGGGGUGAGGGGAGGGAGAGCGGAGGACGGAUCCCAGCACCUGCUCCCUCUCCAAGGAUUCUGGGGGAGGGGGGGCUCAGAGGACAAAGCGGGGAAGGGGGCAGAGAAAAGAAACGAUAUGGAGAGGCAGAACAGGUCUAUAAAAAGGGGAGAAAAAAGGGAAUUAGCAAAAGGAAACAAACAAGACCCCUAACCCUGACUACGGAGGGCCUGCUGGGCAUCCAGACCCUGGUGCUUCAGGGAGAGUCCAUGGGGGACGGCAGGGAAGGGGGAGCAGAAGACGGAUCAGCAGCUAGAGCUGGGGGGGAAAGGGGUUCUAGAAAAGACAGGAAGGCUGGAGAUAAAGAGGGGGAGCUGCGAGAGGGCGCCGGGACAGAGCGGAAGCUGCAGAGAGGCAUGUGGGGAAAGACAAAAUACACAGACUGCACCGAGGGGAGCUGGGGCAGGGAGAAGAAGGGCCGGGGGUGCCUGCUGGACACAGAGCGCGGCGGAAGGCUUGGGGGUCAGGGAUGACCCCACCGAAGCCAGAGUGGAGACCUAGGGUCGACGGCACCCGCGCCGCCGCCGCCACCACCUCCCACUGCCUGCUCCAGCUCUCGUCAGACACGGUCGCCGCGCCUCCCGUCUGCGCCGCCGGGCCCGCCCCGCCGAGGCCAGCGGGAGCUCUCAUUGGCCGAAGCCGCCGCCACUCCUCAGUGGCUGCGGCGCUCAACGCCGCUCCCAUUGGCCGAGUCCCACUCGGCCCCUCCCCGCCCGCCCUCCCGUCCGUGCCCCUACGAAACCCCGCUCCGCCCGCGCCGCUGCCAAGCGCCGCCGACUGCGGCUAA